AUGGAGCAACUACAAGCAGAUAUAGAAGGUAAACGUAAACUUCUUCUAUUUACAUUGGGAAAAACAUAGAGUGUUCUGGAGUCAGGGAGAGUGCUAGCGAUUAAACGUCAUCGAGAGGCGCUAAAUACCAUAGCAAACCAAAUUGACACUCUAAAACUCCAAGUUGUUGAAGAAAAAUUCAAAGCGAGCCAUUCUAAAGAGGACAUCGCGCUGUGGAGCCAAGAAAUUGAACAACAGGUCGCUCAAGUUGACACCCAAGUAACAAAUAUAAAUGAGCACUUGGCUAGCCUUAAAUUAGAAGAAGAUUCCAAAGCUCAAGAAAGCGAGAACGAGCUUAAGGCGAAGGAGCGCGAAGAUCAACUACGAUUCGAAAGAGCACAGCUAGAGCAGACGCUCGAAUAUGAGCGGAAAAUAGAAGAAACGAAGAAAAAUUACGCAACUAAGUCGAGCGAAGCAAAAGCCAGCCCCGCCGCCAGCGAGGGAGUGCGC